UCAAACCCCAAGAAAUGGCUAUGCUUGUAGAUCCUCUUCUUUCUGAAUCCAUUUCUAAACUAUUGGAGAUCGUUAUAUCUGUAGCAAAAACCACAGCGAAUUUCAAACCCCAACUGGAACAACUCAAAAUCACCUUAGAGAGAAUUGGACCCAUUAUUUAUGAGAUUAGGGAGCUCGAUCGGAAACUAGAUCGUUCUAAGGAAGAGUCCGAGAUGUUCGUAUAUGAAAUCCAAGACGCCAGAAAGCUUGUCCGCAAAUGCUUGAAGAUCAAGAGGAAUUUAAUCAAGAGGUUCACUCACUCACUGAAGCUUAAAGAUCUGGACCAAAAGCUGUUAAGAUUCUUUCAGAUUGAAGUUCAGGCGUCUCAGAGUCGAGACAUUAAGCAGACGCUGGUAGAAGUGAAUCGUGUAAGUGACAGAAUGGAAACAUUAGCUACGGACGUGAGAAAUUUGGGGCAGACACUGAGUAAGAAUAGUUCUAUGUCGAUGUCUUUUAGCAGAGAACAUGAAACCACAUUAGAACGAGAAAAAUUGGGUUGGCGAGUUCCCACACUUCCUAGAGGCAUCGUGGCAUUUGAGAAGCCACUAGAGAAUCUCAAGGCUAUGGUUCUUGCUGAUAAAAUGGAUUGCGAUGAUGGUUCGGUGAUGGUUGUUUCUGCUCCCGGUGGAUGUGGGAAGACUACUUUGGUCACCAUGCUCUGCUAUGAUGCUGAAAUUCAAGCCAAAUUUGGGGAGAGGAUCUUCUUUGUGACAGUUUCAGAAACACCCAACUUCUUGGUAUUUGUCAAUGAUCUCUUAAAUCCAAAUUCUUUCGCUCAGCAAGCUCAGUCUCAAAUUGGUACCGCGAAUGCAAAGCAAAACAGUAUCGAAGAUACAAAGAAUAAGUUGGAGAACUUUUUGCGUGAGAAGGUUUCAGGUCCUCUACUUCUAGUACUAGAUGAUGUCUGGUCUGAUUCAUUUAUUGAAAACUUUGCAUUCAAUAUCACUGGAUACACAAUUCUGGUUACAUCUAGGAUGGUCUUUCCGAAACAUGAUAUGUUUCAAUUUGACCCUUUGAGCGAUGAAGAUGCCAAGAUUCUCUUUCACCGCUCAGCAUUUCCUGAAGGGAGGAGACCUAGGCCUACUAUUCACAAGGAUCUUGUGAAUCAGAUGGUAAAAUGUUGUAAGAAACACCCACUCACCCUUUCGGUGGUCGGCAGUUCCUUGGAUGGGAAAGAUGAGACAGCUUGGAGAUAUAUGCUAAAACUAUUGUCUCAAGGUCAAUCGGUUCUGGAUCUAAAUGUAGAUAUACUUAACCGUCUAGAAAGAAGUUUUCAGGCCUUGGAUGACAGAUUUAAGGAAUGUUUCUUGGACUUUGGGUUGUUCCCAGAAGAUCAAAGGAUUCCGGCUACUGCUCUCUUGAAUAUGUGGGUGCAUUUGUACGAACAUGAAGAUGACGGCAGUGAUACCCUGGCCAAGAUAUUUGAACUUUCUUACAGAAAUCUUGUCAAUCUUAUGAACAUAGGUCUUAGGAAAGAUCCAGGCACAGUUAACUUUUGCGAGCAGCAAUUUGUCACACAACACGAUUUGCUGAGGCAGCUUGCUAUUAACUUGAGUAGCAAAGUAGCCUUAGCACAGAGGACAAGAUUGAUUAUAAGUGCACAUGGAGAAGACCUGCCCACAUCAAUUUCAAAAGUGAAAGAACCUAUGCAAGCGCGCAUAUUGUCGAUCUCAACAGGAGAGUCGUUUGCCUCGAGAUGGUGCAACAUGGAAGUGCCUGAGGUUGAAGUUUUAGUGUUGAACCUGAUGUCAAAGACCUACACUUUACCCUACUUCUUCGAGAAAAUGCAAAAAUUAAAGGUUCUAAACGUCACAAACUAUGGUUUAUACCCAACGGAGUUUGAGAAUUUUCAUCUUCUUGGUUGUUUAUCCAAUCUAACAAGGAUUAGGCUUGAACGUGUUACAAUAUCUUCCUUGAGUGGACCCACUUUAGCUCUGGUAAACUUGCAGAAAAUAUCUUUCAUAAUGUGCAAAAUAGGCAAUGCUUUUGAGAAACUCAGCAGUGAACACCCCAACAUCUGGCCAAGACUAGUUGAAAUCGAGAUGGAUUAUUGCCAAGAUUUAUUGGAAUUCCCAGCGAUAUUGUGCAGCAGCGUCCACCUUAAGAAUGUAAGCAUCACCAACUGCAAUGAGAUGUGUGGAAUUUCUGAAGAAUUUGGUAAGUUGACUAGUUUGGAAACACUGAGUCUUUGUUCUUGUACAAAACUAGAAAAGUUGCCUGAAUCAGUCACAAGACUUGAAAAGCUAAGUAUUGUUGACAUUUCUGAUUGCUUAAGCUUGAGCGAGUUGCCAAAAGAGAUAGGAAAGUUAAGUGGUCUACGAACGAUUAACAUGAAGGGUUGUACAGGAGUACAUGAGAUACCGACAUCUGUAAAGGAGCUAUCUAACACACAAGUUAUCUGCAACGAAGAAAUAUCGUACCAAUGGCAGGAUUUCAGUAAUGUGGAGGUAAUUGUGGUGGAAGAAGAUAGAUUAGAAUCCCUUAUGAGAAUCAUUUGAAAUGCAAAUAUAUCCUUGUAUUAUGUUCUUUAUUGGACAUGAUGUUAUGACACAACAUCAUAUUGUUUGUAUAAAUGUCACUUGAUGAGUUUGUGAAAAACAGAACCAUGGACAUCGCAA